CGCCCAUGAAGCGGCGCAUGACGCGCUCCAACACGGUGCGAAACUACCACUCGCCGACACGGCCAACAUGGGACGAGCCCGGUGCCGAGCCCGGUGUAGACACCGCCCAGGAAGCCCAGCCGCAUUUCGAGCUGCUCCAGCAGCACUGCGACAUCACAAUUGUAGACUUCUCCGACGAAAAGAUCACACAGAGCCGCCUGGACAAUGACGAUUUGGCCGUCUUCCUGGACAUGCCCAAGGGAGACUGGGCGCAAUGCCGGUGGAUCAAUGUCAAUGGUCUCAGCUGGGACGUCAUCAGAAUGCUGGGAAAUAACAAAAAUUUACAUCGGCUAGCCAUUGAAGACUUGAUGAAUACUAGGGGCCGCACAAAGGCCGACUGGUACUCUGACCAGGCUUUCAUGUUGUUGACCCUACAGAAGCUCGUCAAGCUCGCAGACGACGACUCCGACAGCGACUCGGACAAUGAAGACUUCGGUCCCGUCAGAAAACCAAAGCACAAGAAGACCAAAAAGACAAAGUCGUUCUACAAGCGAUUUCGAGAUUUCUUGAGUCAGACUCCUACCAAUGCCGACAUGGAGCACACCUGGCAGACAGAAGACAAGAGCGUCACGCUUGAUGGAACCGUCACUGCUCGGAGCCUCCAGUCGAGCGCUCAGCGCAAGGAACAGAUCCGGACCUUACAGCGUUACCGCGGCGGACCAAACAUCGAGAGGACCAUCUACAUGGAGCGUAACUCGACCUUAGCUAAAAAGAAAUUGGCGGUCAGCGUUGAGCAGGUGUCCAUGUUCCUCACUUCGGACAAUACCGUCAUUUCGUUCUUCGAACAUUCUGCUGGGGAUAUUGAAACGCCUAUAUUGAAACGUUUGAUGUCCUCAGAUACUAUCAUCAGACAGAGCUGCGACGGCAGCAUGCUCGUCCAAGCCAUCAUAGAUGCGAUCAUUGAUUUGGCAAUACCUGUCGUCGCAGCCUACGAAGAUGCCAUGAGCGAGCUGGAGCUGGAGGUCCUUACCGACCCCGACAUCGGCCACUCGAGGUCUUUAUACAUCCUCACCUCGGAACUCUCCAUCCUCCGCAGCUCCAUCCAACCCAUCAGCUCCCUCAUCAACUCCCUGCGUGACCACAAAUCCGACCCCAUCUCCACGCCCGGCCUCUCCGGCCUCUCCGGCCGCCCGGGCCUCGCCGGCCGCCCCUCGCGCAUCCAAAUCUCCAGCAUCACCAUCUCGCCCCUCGCGCACACCUACCUCGGCGACGUCGAAGACCACUGCAUCACCAUCACCGCCUCGCUCGACCAGAUGCGGCGCGCGGCGGACAACAUGAUCGACCUCAUCUUCAACAUGGUCGGAUCCUUCCAGAACGAGAGCAUGAAGCAGCUCACCGUCGUCACCAUCUUCUUCCUGCCUCUGACCUUCCUCGUCGGCUACUUCGGCCAGAACUUCGCGACGUUUCCGGGCGUGAAGCAGCACUCUGAUAAGUUCUUCUGGACGAUUGCGAUCCCGGUUAUGGCGGCGACGAUUAUCUUGCUGAUGCGGGACGCGAUUUGGAGGGGCGCGCAGAGAGUGGUGCAGAAGCGGGCGAUUAGGAAGAGUAAGAAGAGGAGAGAGGGGCGGAGGGGGAUUAAGCGGGGGAGGGCGCUGGUGGAGCGGAGUUACACGGUCUGACG